AUGGAAAAUCUCAACGGCAAUGAUCCAGCAAUGCCCAACCUCAACGAACCUGUCAUCUCCGAAGUACCAAGCGCGGAAAACGUUGAAGCUAUAUCUGAUUAUUACAACGGUGCCGUGAUCUUAGUAACUGGUGGGACAGGUUUCGUGGGGAAAGCACUUUUAGAGAAAUUGCUAAGGAGCUGUCCAGGAAUAGAUACUAUAUAUGUUCUGAUGAGGCCAAAACGAGGUCUGACUGUCGAGCAAAGGUACAAGGAACUUCUGAAGAAUCAGGUGUUCGAUAGAAUACGUACUCGUUGGCCAGAACGUCUCAGCAAGCUGUACCCAAUCACCGGCGACGUAUCACAACCAAAACUCGGAGUCAGCAAUGAACAAGCAGAAUUGCUGUUAAAAGUCACCACACUUUUUCACUCAGCAGCUACAGUCAGGUUUACUGAGCCUCUACAUGUAGCGACCACUCUCAACGUACAAGGAACUGCGUCACUACUGAAGCUUGCUGAAGAUAUGCCUUUAUUGAAGGCCUUGGUCCAUGUUUCCACGGCUUACAGCAAUGCUCCCAGGCCUGACAUCGAGGAGAUGGUAUAUCCGCCACCGUAUGAUCCCGAAACUAUCAUAAGAUGUACCAAAAUGUUUCCUGCGGAGACCAUGGAAGUCAUAUCAACAACCCUUCAGGUAAAGUUCAAGAGAGCAGGUCAUUGCCCCGUCUACAACGUGACAUCAGGAUCAAUUAACCCCCUAACAUGGGGUCAGUUUACCAGAUUUUGCGUCCAAUGGGCCAGAGAAAAUCCUUCAAAAUACGUGAUGUGGUAUCCCAACUUCUCAUUCACGGAGUCACGAUUCAUGAAUACAUUUUGGGAAAUAUCUUGUCAUUUCUUACCCGCAUUUCUAUAUGAUAUAUUAUUGAAAGCUCAGGGGAGGAAGGCCAUAAUGAUGAAACUAGCCCAUCGCUUCAAAAUGGCUGCCGCCACCGGCGAAUACUUUGCCAACCACGAAUGGCAAUUUGGUGUAUCAGAACUGACAACGUUACAUAACGAAGCGAGUGCCACGUCGGAUGUUAAAAGUUUCUUCCAUUGGCCUGCGGAAUUUAAUUGGGAAACUUACAUAGGAGCCUAUAUUCUGGGUAUAAGGAGGUUUAUACUGAAGGAUCCUCAGGAAUCGUUAACACAUGCGAGGACUAAAUUAAAAAGAUUAUAUUGGGUACACAGAUUGUUCCAAGUUGCCACAGGCUACUACGUUUUCAAAUUUCUAGCAGGACGCAUACGGUAA